ACCGGUUUGGUGGUACAGUGACGCACUUUCCUUUGAAAGUUGCUUUCAAUCGAUCUUCUUGAUCAAACCACUGUCAAGGGACUCAGGAAUUACAAUCAUUCACCAUCCAAGGGAAAUAAUUGCUUCAAAUUUCUGUUCAAGUGUAAGCAUUUAGUAUAUCAAAGAUCCAACUGCCAUUGUAAUGUCCAUCGCAAGAAUAGGACGUUCCAUUGCAUGUGCCUGUUCCUCUUGCGGUAGUAACGCCAUUAGAACAAUCACAUCAACUUUUGUACCGCAUAAAAACGUCACUCCUGAACAAAGUGGAUUCCAAGGGCUUUCCUCAGGGUUUCUUUAUGAUGAUAAACAUGGAUUUGGAUACAACAAGGACGGUGACUUGGUGAUUGUCACCCCACAUGCAACCACUUUCACCAAAGCCACCACAGGCUAUGCAUCCGAUGUAGAAACAGAAGCUUUACUGCAAGCCACAAAGGAAUCUUACGCUAACAUUAAAGAGCCAGUCAAUGACUUUAGAGUCCCCUUGAGUGACAGCUUGUCAGAUGACGAGACAGAAUAUUUCUUAAAUGCAGCCAAGAAUUCCUACCCUACUAGAAACAAUGGCAACAAGACAAAAUGAAUAUUAUGUCAACUAAAGUUUGCAAAAUAAUAUGUAUAAAUUUGUAAAUAAGCUUCUUUUGAUUUUGUAUGUCUGUUUUUGAAAUUAACUAUAUGAUAAAAUAAUCAGAAUUAAUUUGUAUUGACUAGAUUAACAUUGAAUUAUUUAUGAUAUAAUUAUAUGCUUGUAAUCGUAGUGAAUCAGGUAGAGUACUUGAAUUACUAAAAGCAUGAAAAACUAGUAAUACUAUUUAAUGGUAUAAUUCUUUUGUUCGACUAACAGUAUUUUGCAAAAAUAAAUUUAGUAAUAAUUA